AUGUUAAUUUUAAGUAUUUUACCAAUAUUUUGGAGUUUCGUUCUCAUUGGGAAUGGAUCCGCUAGGCAAGUGUUGAGGAACUUUGAACCGUUUGAUUCGGAAGCUAACGAAAUUUCGGAGAACAACAGCGAAGAACCGCGUUCGAAUCGCACCGUUGAGAGGAUCAACUUGACGUUACCGGGUACCAAAUGGUGCGGUCCCGGAAACACGGCCGACGACUACGAGGAUCUGGGCAAGCACGAGGAGGAGGACAAAUGCUGCCGUGAUCACGAUCACUGUGACAAUAUCCCGGCUGGGGAGAUGAAGUAUGGCCUGACGAACGACGAUUAUUUCACGCGGCUGCACUGCAAGUGCGAUCGAGACUUUCAGCAGUGCCUGAAGAAGAUAAACACUACGCUAUCGAACAGGCUGGGCAGUUUUUACUUUGCUGUGAGGGACAAGUGCUACAAGAAGCAGUACCCGAUUGUGGAUUGUGGCGAGAAGAAAAAUAUGCUUUUUCUGCGACGAUGCGUUCGAUAUGUCGUCAACAGUUCGGCAUCACGUGAGUGGCAGUGGUUCGAUCUACCGUUUUAUGACGAUAACAUGAUUAAUGAUUUCUACUAAUUGCUCUGACGUCAAGUUUAACAUAAUAAAUGUUUCGUUGCCUACAACAUUCAA